CUGAACUCCAUCCACCCCUCCCCCUCCUUCUCCCCCCUCUCUCCCCCCCAUUGCUUUCGAGUCGUCGACUUUGAAGGCAGCCAGGCUGGUCGAAGAUGGAAGAACAGGUAGCGAAUGCCAUUGAAAUCGCCUGGAAUCCGUCCUCCGACCAAGCCCUCAAGAAUCAAGCCUACGAAUACCUGAACCAACUUCGCGCCGACCCCUCCGGAUGGCAGGUUUGCCUUGCUCUUUUCACUAAAACUCCACAAUACUCCGAGAUCAUACGCCAUGUGUCGUUGGAAGUGGUCAACAGUGCGGCCCAGGCCGGUCUCCUUGACCUCCAGGCCCUGGGAUAUGUUCGGGAUGGCUUGAUGGCCUACCUUCGACAGGUCUACGGCCAGGAAACCGCCUCUCCGGAUCCGCCCAACAUUCAGAAUAAGAUUGCUCAGACCAUUACCUUCCUCUUCUCCGCCCUCUAUGCGAACGGCUGGGAAUCCUGCUUUGACGACCUCCUCAGUCUCACCUUCAAGAGCCCCGCGAGUACGAGUCGCGACAACCCGCUCGGUAUCAUCUUCUACCUCCGUGUCGUCAAUUCGAUUCAUGAGGAGAUCGGAGAUGUUCUGGUGUCCCGGUCCCGCACAGAGCAGGACAAGGCCAACCUCCUCAAGGACUUGAUCCGGGAGCGCGAUAUGCAGAAGAUCGCCAGCUCCUGGCAAGAGAUCUUGUCCGAAUGGCGGGACGGCAACGAUGUGAUUGUAGAGAUGUCCCUCAAGGCGGUUGGCAGCUGGGUGAGCUGGAUUGAUAUCGGCCUUGUGGUGAACCAGACCAUGAUGGACCUGCUGUUCCAGCAGCUCAGCCGUGCGCAGAAGGCGGAACUCAGAUCCGGUGAAGAGAAGGUGCGCGAUGCGGCGGUUGAUGUCUUCACGGAAAUCAUCGGCAAGAAGAUGAAGCCCGAGGAUAAGAUUGACAUGAUUAUUUUCCUGAAUCUCGACACCAUUGUUACCCAACUCUCCAAUAGCCCCCCUCUCAACGAGAAUAGGUUCACCUUCAAGUACGAUACCGAUCUGGCGGAGACGGUGGCCAAGUUAGUCAAUAUUACAGUCAUUGAUAUUGUACGGGCCCUGGAGCAGGAUACCAUCAUGGCCGACUGCAAAGAGAAAGCCACUGGUCUGCUGCAGGCCUUCCUUCCGCAUAUCCUGAGAUACUUCUCCGACGAAUAUGACGAGGUCUGCUCGACUGUGAUUCCCUGCGUCAGCGACCUUCUGGCCUACCUGAGGAAGAUGGCUAAGGUCAACCCAGCUCUGGCUGCGCAGCACUCCUCCGUCCUGCUACCAAUUCUGAAGGCCAUCAUUGCCAAGAUGCGCUACGAUGAAACAUCGUCUUGGGGAGACGAGGACGACCAGACGGACGAGGCGGAGUUCCAGGAGCUUCGCAAGCGGUUGGGUGUUCUACAGCAGAUCAUCGCCAACGUGAACGAACAACUAUACAUCGAUGCGGUUUCGGAGGUAGUAGGGACGACCUUUGAGAAUCUGCGGCAGUCGGGUGCUCAGCUGGAUUGGCGGGACUUGGAUUUGGCUCUCCACGAGAUGUUCCUGUUUGGAGAUAUUGCCGUCAAAGCGGGUAGCCUGUACACCAAGGGAUCCCCCAACAACCCCGCUGCAGAGCGACUCAUUGGAAUGAUGCUGAAGAUGGUCGAGUCCGACAUUCGCUCUUUCACACACCCUGCUACGCAGCUGCAGUAUAUGGAGAUUUGCGUCCGCUACAGCUCGUUCUUCCAACACCAUACUCAUCUGAUUCCGAGCGUCUUGGAAAGCUUCCUCCAAUUAAUCCACCACCCGAUUAAGAAGGUGAAGACACGCUCAUGGUACCUGUUCCAGCGCAUUGUCAAGCAGUUGCGAACCAAUGUUGGUAACGUUGCUCAGACCGUGGUUGGGGCCUUGACCGACCUCCUGGUCAUCCAUGCAGAGGUGCCUUCAGAAGGAUCGGACGGAGACGAGAUGUCUUCGGAAGACCACGAAGGAUCGGCAGACGCUGUGUUCAACAGUCAACUGUAUCUUUUCGAGGCUGUGGGCAUCAUCUGCUCCACCCCCACGGUACCCGCUGAUAAGCAAGUUCUUUACGCGCAGUCCGUGUUGAACCCCAUCUUCAUGGACAUGGAGAAGAAUUUGGCACCAGCCAAAGCCAACGAUGAAAGAGCCGUUUUGCAGAUUCACCAUGAUAUCAUGGCUCUGGGCACCUUGGCCCGCGGCUUCUCCGACUGGAUGCCAGGAACCAGCUCUCCUGCUGCGCUCCCUGCGCCGGAAGUUUCCGAGGCAUUCAUGCAGGUGUCGGAAGCCACUCUCGUGGCUUUGGAAUCGCUCAAGGCCUCGUUCAAUGUGCGCACGGCGGCACGAUUCGCCUUCUCCAGACUUAUUGGCGUUCUUGGGGCGCGCAUUCUGCCCCAGCUUCCACGCUGGAUCGACGGCCUUCUCACGCAGACAUCUUCGCGCGACGAGAUGGCCCUGUUCCUUCGGCUGUUAGACCAGGUCAUCUUCGGCUUCAAGACCGAAAUCACCGGUAUCCUAGACACUCUUCUGACACCUUUCUUGCAAAGGGUCUUCUCCGGUAUCGCGGACCCGACUACUGGCACCGAUGAUGAGAUCCAGUUGGCGGAGUUGAAACGCGAAUAUCUCAAUUUCCUCUUGGCUGUUCUGAACAACGAUCUCGGGGCUGUCAUUAUCAGUGAGAGGAACCAACCUAUGUUUGAUACUGUGAUUACGACAAUCGAGCAUUUCGCCAAGGACAUUGAGGAUUUCACCACCGCCAAGAUGGCCUUCUCAGUGCUGUCAAAGAUGGGCAGCUCGUGGGGCGGUCCGGACAUUGCGCCGGAGGGUUUGAACGGCGCGGCAGGACAGCAGGUAGCUCUGCCCGGCUUCGGCCAGUUUAUGAUCAGCCGGCUGUCGCCGCUGUGCUGGGCACUGCCCGCGACACCAUCAUUCAACUCGAAGGAUGCACAGGCUAAACAGGUCCUUGCGGAAGCGGGUGCGCUUCAGCGGACCAUCUACGCCAAGACUGGCAUGGAAUAUCUGGAGUACCUCCGGACUCAGGAGUUGCCAGGCAUGGGCAUGGGAGCAGAUCUCGUGGAAGAGUUCGUAGGGGCAUUGAGCCGGCUGGACUUGAAGGGAUUCCGGCAGUUCUUCCCGUCUUUUAUCCAGCGAUUGAGCGCAUGAUGUGUGGUCCUUCUAUAUCAAAAUAUCCCGUCUUCUCAUUUUCCUGUUUCUCGACCCUUUUGACCCACCCAAUCAUUCUGUUUCAGUCCUAGAUUCCCCCAUGGUUUGGUUUGAUGACUGAUGUGUCUCAUGUGAUCAUUUACACCGAAGCUCUCCCCCCCCCCCC